CAAACCGUAUAAAGCGUUCGACGGGUUCCCCUCAUGAGGACUGAAUUUUAAAAACGCCGUACGGAUUGUCCCUCCACGGUUUACAGAUAUACAGCACAGUUGUGCAACACAGCACAUAUAUUCCCUACACAUAAAAAAUGUCAGCGACCAGAUACCGUCGGUUUCUCAAGCUAUGCGAGGAAUGGCCGAGGGACGAAUCAAAGAAAGGUCGAGAUUUAGGAACGUUUUUACGUCAAAGAGUGGCCAGUGCUUUCAGAGAAGGCGAGAAUACACAGAUUUCAGACCCAGAGAAAUGUGAUCAGAUGUAUGAAAGUUUGGCCCGCAUCAACAGUAACGUGUACAAAGACAACUUUCCUCGAGUAAAAGAUACAAGUUUUACAGGUGUAACAGUGGAAGAGUGUCGAAUGCUAUUGGCAACGGGAAACAUGCAACAGAUGGAUGAGGAGAAGAAGGGGUUGUGGAAGACAUUAAUGGACCGCUUCUCCUCAAAACCUGAAGAUGCCCCCCCUGAAAAAACUGAAAAAUAGUUGUGCUGUACAGAACUUAUUCCCUUAUGCAUAUGUAUAUAUAAAUCUUCACUUCUAACAGCUACUGUGGAUCUCAUCAUUAUGGUUCGACAGAGACAGUUUUCCAAGUAAAACUGGUGUUUGGAAAUGAAACCACUCAGAAUACCAUAUAAUAUCCAGUAUUAGGAAAUACUUUUUUUCCAUAGUCCCAGAGCAGCAAAAAAGUUUUUGUUUUCUAUAAAAUGUUCCAAUAGCUACGUUACGAUCCCACUAGACAAUUUCCACUGGAUGAUUUGAAUUGCCAUUAUUUGUAAUGAUUGGAGUUUUUUUUUAUAUUUAUUAUAAUUUUUGCUCAAGUAUAUUUUUCAUGCCCUGCACUUAAUAAGCAAGAAUAUAUUUUAAUAAAAGAGUGGGUCUGCUGUUUUGCAUAUAAAUAGGCAUGGUGAUAAAGGGCAGUUUCACCUAUGAGUUGCUUAUUUACAAACAAACAAAAAAAGCACAUUUAUUUUUGGGGAUUAAAGAUUAUCUUAGAAAUAUAUACAUUUCCUUUGA